AAGCUCCCUGACCUUUCAAAGGCCUUAUGGGUUUCUGACAGUCUGUAUUUGCAUUCUCAAAAGCCAGACUCCACCAAAACCUUUCUAACAUCAAAAUCAGCCACUGCUUGUGAACUGCUGAAGUUAAUCUUGGUAAAACAUUAGUGUAAGCUUCUCCUGAACUUUGUGUAAAUUUUGUAAAUGAGUUAGUUCUUCCCCCCUGGCCCAAACCCUUAAAGCUGCUAGAUGACAUCGUACAAUAGUUGCAUCAUCAACGGCACUUGUCUUUGUAAGUCAGCAUCCUGACCCUCACCCAGCAAUUGUUCCUACAGUUUAUUUCCUCCUCUUGUCUGAUUAUGCUGUUCCAUGGCUGCUGCUGCUGCUGCUUUCCAUCAGGAUUCAUUGACCUAUGAGGAUGUCCAUGUUAACUUCAGUCAUGAAGAGUGGGCUUUGCUGGAUCCUUCCCAGAAGAGUCUCUACAAAGAUGUGAUGCUGGAAACCUACUGGAACCUCACUUCUAUAGGUUACAAAUGGGAAGACCACAGUAUUGAAGAACAUUGUCAAAGUUCUAGAAGACAUGGAAGGCAUAUCAACUGUCCUUCUGGAUACAAGCCAUGUGAGCAUAAGAGAUUUGGAACGAAGCAAUAUACCUCUGUUUCUCCCGGAAUAAUUAGAAGAUAUGUUGUAGUCCCUACUAUGAGAAGACAUGAUGACUGUGAUACAAGUUUAAACUCUCACAGUGGAGAAAACCUUUAUGAGUACAAGGAAUAUGGAAAUUCAUCUGGUUCACAUGGAAAUUCAUCUGGUUCACUUUACGCAUUUAGUGUGACUCACGAUAUAAGACAACAUUAUGCAUGCAAUCAGAGCUCUUCCAGUUCUUUUCAAAGAUGUGAAAAAACUCAUAUGGGAAGAGGAAGUGAUAAACUCGAGUUUUGUACUGAGGACUUUAACCAUCACAGGUAUCUUCAAACAUACAAAACAACCAAUAAUGAAGAGGAUCUCUAUGAACAUAAGGAACAUGAUACAGCCUUUAGAUGUGAUUACUCCAUAAAAGUACACCAAAGAACUCAUUUGGAAGGAGAACCCUAUGAAUAUAAUCAAAAUGAUAAUGUCUCUGCAUGUCACAAUCUUCAUCAAGUACAUAGAACUCAUAAUAGAGGGAAAAGGUAUGAAUAUCAGCAAUGUGAUGAAGCCUUUGCAAGCCCCAGUUAUUUUCAAAUAUAUACAAGACUUCAUUCUGGAGAGAAACCCUAUGAAUGUACUGAAUGUGAUAAAGCCUUUGCAAGUCCCAGUUAUUUUCAGAUACAUAAAAGAACUCAUACCGGAGAGAAACCCUAUGAAUGUAGUCAAUGUGGUAAAGCCUUUAUACAGAAGAGUCAUCUUUACAGGCAUGAAAGAAUUCAUACUGGAGAAAAACCCUAUGAAUGUAAUCAAUGUGGUAAAGCCUUUGCACACAAGUAUAAGCUUCUCAUUCAUGAAAGAAUUCAUACUGGAGUGAAACCCUAUGAAUGUAGUCAUUGUGGUAAAGCCUUUGCAGAGAAGGGCACUCUUCUGAGUCAUGAAAGAAUCCAUACUGGAGAGAAACCCUAUGAAUGUAAUCAGUGUAGUAAAGCCUUUGCGCAGAAGAGUGACCUUCGUACUCAUGAAAGAAUCCAUACUGGAGAGAAACCCUAUGAAUGUAAUCAGUGUGGUAAAGCAUUUGCACAGAAGAGUGGACUUCGCACUCAUGAAAGAAUUCAUACUGGAGAGAAACCCUAUGAAUGUAAGCUGUGUGGUAAAGCCUUUGCACAGAAGAGUAAUCUUCUCAGUCAUGAAAAAAGACAUAAUGCAGUGAAACCCUAUCUAUGUAAUCAAAGUGCUAAAUCCUUUGCAUUGGAGAAGAAUUUUCUCAUUCAAAAAAAUCAUACAGGAGAGAAAGCCUAUGAAUGUAAUCAGUGUGGUAAAGGUUUUGCAAAGAAGAGUCAUCUUUUAAGUCAUGAAAGAAUUCAUACUGGGGAGAAACCCUAUGAAUGUAAUCAAUGUGGUAAAGCUUUUUCAUGUAACAGUAAUCUUCGUACUCAUGAAAGAAUUCAUACUGGAGAGAAACCCUAUGAAUGUAAUCAAUGUGAUAAAGCAUUUGCACGUAAAAGUCAUCUUCAGAGUCAUGAAAGAUGUCAUACUGGAGAGAAACCGUAUGGGUAUAAUCAAUGUGGUAGAGACUUUGCAUGUAACAGCCCCCUGCAAAUAAAAGAAAGAACUCACAGUGGAGACAAAUUCCAUGAAUGUAAUCAAUGUGGUAAAGACUUUGCACAGAACAGUCAUCUUUACAAUCCUGAAAAAAAUCAUAUUCAACAAAAACCCAAUGAGUGUAAUCAGUGUGGUAAAGUCUUGCCAUGUUGCAUUGUCCUUCAAAAUCAUGAAAAAUAUCACACUGGUGAAAAUCCCCAUGAACCUAAUGAGUGAGUCAAGCCUUGCAGUCCACAUGUUUUUCCCACCGAGCUAUCUCAUUGGUGCUUGAGUAAGGUUAGUAGAGCCUCUCCUUAGUUAAAAUAUUGUGUCUUUCAAGUUGUUAACAUAUUGUAUUCCAAGAAUACAGAAAUGUGGUAAUUUGAAUAAUAAAUAUAUUUGCAAAUGAAA